CUUUUAUUAUGAACUUUACAUAUGGAGGUUUACAAAAUUCAGUUAACAUAUGCAUCUUACGCCAGGAAGGCCAGAAAUUUCACACUAACGGUUUUCGUCCUUAUGGUAAGUUGAUUGAAAAACUGGGUUGAACUAACUCAGAAAGUCGCAAGACUGUAACUUUAUGAAAGAUCAGUGGUAGCUUCGUUUCUUCUCUGGCUUUGAUUGCUUGAUUCAAGUUGGACACGACACACGAGCUUUUAGCAGUAGCUGGAAGAAUACAUAGAAGAUGUCUCCGUCUUCGUCGCCACUCACGCCCACCCACAAGUACGCCGCCGGUGCUCUUUUCGGUCUGGCCCUUCACCAGGCUCAGAUCCAUCAAACUCUUCCUUUGGGGUUCCCCUCCCCUGACGAAGAAGGCCCAAACCAUGACCGCAUCAGCACUGGCAGCAGCAGCGAUUCCGUCUCUGAAGAUCCCCAGCUCUGGGUCCACCUCUCAUCUGCUCUCCUCCGCCCCGUCUUCAAGUUUCUAGAGAUUGAUACAACAGCAUGGCCUGGGCUUGAGGAAACUGCUGGCCAGUCACAGGCCAAGCAUCAUGUUGGAGCGUUCCUUAGGUUACUCUCUGAGGAAGGGCUGGAUGAUUCUUCUGAAGCACUUCACACAGAAACGGCUUUGGGUAACAGUAUAGAUGCUAUGUCAUCAAGCAUGGAGAGAACUGUAGAUGACGAGUCUGAAAAGGAGAAGCAACUUGAAUAUGAGAACGAAUGUCGGGAGAAAUUUUCAAAUGUAAAGUCUGAAGGAGAAAAUACACAUGGAGAAAGUGAGCUGGAGGCCAUUUGUCAACCGCCAAGCAACAGACAUGCACAUGUGGAGCCUAUUAGUGGGUGUGAUGAAAAACCAGCAACCGAUGUGACAAUGAUUCCAUAUCACAGGAAGUUGACAGUUCUGUAUGAACUGGUUUCAGCUUGUUUGGCAAACACACCAGAUGACAGUAAUAAAAGCGCUUCUACUCAACGAAAGAAGGGCUAUGAUGCUCGACAUCGUGUGGCUUUGCGGUUACUUGCAACCUGGUUUGAUGUCAAAUGGGUUAAAGUGGAAGCCAUAGAGAUGAUGGUUGCUUGUUCAGCAAUGGCUUUAUUGAAAGAGGAGGAGUCCAAGGAAGAAGCCAAAUCUUCUAAAAGCUCAUGGGCUAAGUGGAAACGUGGAGGCAUCAUAGGUGCAGCAGCAUUGACCGGAGGAACAUUGAUGGCAAUUACUGGUGGUUUAGCUGCUCCAGCCAUUGCUGCAGGGUUUGGUGCAUUAGCACCAACAUUGGGAACUUUGGUUCCUGUGAUCGGAGCAAGUGGGUUUGCUGCUAUUGCAACUGCUGCAGGCAGUGUUGCUGGUUCUGUCGCUGUUGCCGCAUCAUUUGGAGCUGCUGGGGCAGGACUUACAGGAACUAAAAUGGCCCGGAGAACAGGAGACAUUGAUGAAUUUGAGUUUAAAGCAAUUGGGGAAAACCAUAACCAAGGACGGCUGGCAGUUGAAAUAUUAAUCGCUGGAUUUGUUUUUGAGAAGAGUGAUUUUGUUAGACCUUGGGAAGGGCAUCACAGUAACUUAGAAAGAUAUGCUCUGCAGUGGGAGUCUAGGAAUCUAAUUGCUGUAAGCACUGCAAUUCAAGAUUGGCUUACUUCAAGAAUUGCACUAGAGUUAAUGACGCGAGGUGCCAUGAUGACAGUAUUAAGCUCCAUUCUCACUGCAUUGGCUUGGCCAGCCACAUUACUUACUCUUACUGAUUUUAUUGACAGUAAAUGGACUAUUGCUGUAGACAGAUCUGAUAAAGCUGGAACCCUGCUUGCAGAGGUAUUGCAGAAAGGGUUGCAAGGGCACAGGCCUGUCACACUAGUUGGUUUUUCGCUAGGGGCAAGAGUAAUUUUCAAAUGUCUCCAGAUUUUGGCUGAAACUGACAAGAAUGCUGGCCUUGUAGAAAGAGUUGUUCUUCUUGGGGCACCAAUUUCAAUUAAAGAUAUGAAUUGGGAAGCCACUAGAAAGGUGGUGGCAGGGAGAUUCAUAAAUGUAUAUUCUACAAAUGAUUGGAUGCUUGGAAUUGCUUUUCGUGCCAGUCUCCUCACACAAGGGCUUGCUGGGAUUCAAGCAGUAGACGUCCCUGGAGUUGAGAAUGUUGAUGUAACAGAACUUAUAGAUGGCCACUCUGCAUAUCUAUGGACUAGCCGACAGAUCCUAGAACUGCUUCAGCUGGAUACCUAUUAUCCUGUUUCAGCCCUUUCAGGUCGUGCAUUUGUCAAGAAAUAGGGAUCUCCGUAAAGAGUAUGCUGCUGAUUUUCAGGAAGCAACCACCUCAUAUUCAUGUAGCCAGUUCUGUGAAGUGGUUUCAUCCUUUGGAUCAUGCACUUGACAGCUCAGGAGCCAUGCGCUCUAUCAAUUACACCUACGUGCUCCUUAAAUUUUCUUGUUGCUAGUUCUUUUGGAGUGCUUGUCAAAACCGGGCACAAAAGUUACAAGUCACAAGUUGAGGGGUUCUUUUUCUUGUAACUAGGAAGUAUGCCUUGCUCGAGUUGUAAUCAUGUUAUUUGGGGGAUGUAUAUUGGGG